GUGACAUAGUGAAGGGUGUGAUCUUGUGAUUUUUUUCAAAAUAUCUCUACAAUCAGUAUCUUUAACGGUGAAGUCUUAAAGGCGUUUGGAUCUACUGACUCAGUUAACACUAUGUCUGGAAAGCUGCUCUAUGUAGCAUUUGCUGUUUUCACUUCAGUUUAUUCUCAAUCGGAUGUGCGCUUGCCACCCAAUGUGAUAGUUCCUGACAGUCCAAAAGUUAUAUAUAAAAAUAAUAAAGCUGAUUUUAGUUUACCAUGUCAAGCAGAGGGAAUGCCAGAGCCCAGUUAUGAGUGGUUGAGAGGCGGGAUACCUCUUAUAGUAAGUCCUCAGAUCACAUUUGAUUCAGUAAAAGGGGACAUAACCUUCACUGAUUUUACAACCAGAGAAGAAGGUGUUUUUACAUGUGUGGCAAGGUCAAUGUUUGGCUCAACAAUAGUCAAAAGUUUUGCUCCUACAUACACAUUAAAGCAGUCUCGGGUAGAUGAGUUCAAAACAAACGCCACCAGCUCUGUAGUAGCUGAUGAGUACUCCUACAUCAAGCUAGAAUGUGCUAACAAAGGAGAAGCUGUUGGUGAAGAAAUAAGUUACGACUGGUAUGAUUUUGGUGGAUCUAAAAUUAAAAUAGAUGAUCGUCAGUUUAUUGACCAAAACGGACGCAUGCAUUUUGCGUACGUCACGACAGCAGACGGCUAUGUAAAACAGUACAAGUGUGGUAUUUCAGCCACUGGGUUGUCAUAUGUUCAGCUUAGUGCAGUGGUUAUACUUUCUAUCAAAACUCUUGCAUCGCCAACUGCCAUUGCUCCACAAGUGCAGUACACAAACUCACACACCAAGUUUUUGAGAUUUUCGACAGCUACACUGGAAUGUUUUUUCUCAGGAUAUGACAACCAAUACCCGAAUGUUCCUGUGACCAAAUGGUAUUUCGAUGACGGCAACGAGAUCAAAGCAACCGGCAGAUAUUCAUUUUCAUCAGAUCAUCGUCGUCUUAUCAUCUAUAAUGUAGAUGAACCAGAUGAGAAAAAUUAUUACUGCCAAGCACAAAAUACGAGAGGAACAUCUAACAAAGAGGCUGUGUUUCUUGAUAUUACUUCCUCACCAAUCUUUUACCCAAACGGAGCACCAGUUGACCAAACUAUGUCAGAAGGUAAAGAUGCCGUGUUUAACUGUAAUGCCAGGUCAGCACGUGGUGAAACGGAGCCUGAUCCGCCUGUGUGGUACAUUAAUGGACAACAAGUUGGAUCACAAACAGACAAGACGAAAUUUGUAUUUAGGGAAGGGAACAAAAAGUUGACCAUAAAAUCUUUAAAGAAAGCUACAGACAUCAUGUGCAUUCAGUGUUCUGUUUCUAACCCAGUUGGUACUACAUGGGCCGAUGGAUGCUUAAAUGUGCUCUUGCCCAUUAUAAUUUUGUACCAGCCACCAUCCACACAGAACAUUUAUUAUGGGGAUACAAUAGACCUCACUGUGACUGCUGUAACGGAUCCAUCUCAAAUCUCACAUACAGGUGGAAGCACAACAACGUGGAGUCCCUCAACCCUCCACCAUUUGUUAUCUACAAUCCAACAACGAGAGAGGCCUACAUCAACACAAACAAUCUAAACAUUGAGCAGUACGAAUCUGUAAGGGGGACCUACAUCAUCAAUGUGACGCAUAACUUUGAUUACAGUGUGGUAGAAGUGAAUGUUGUACUCAAGGAAAAACCAGAUGAAAGUGGACCCGGAGAAAAUGUUGCCGCAGGUGUUGGUACAGGAACAGUUCUAAUCCUGCUCUGUCUGGCACUUGUGGGAAGUAUCCAGAUUUGGUCUACAGCCUGAGAGUCGGUGACCUACAACCAGAUUUGGGGAUUACAUAUCUGUGCUGUAUUUUACAUUAAUCAUAGUGAUAGAGAAAGUUUUAUGUUAUUGUAAUUUACACUAGCAUUAUUCACAAUGUAGCG